AUGGCUGCACCGGAUCCGAGUGCUGGAAGCACCUUCAUAUGGCUCGUCUCUGCCGUUUUAUUUCUGUCUGUGGCAGCCGGAGGUGCCUGCCUUGUACUGUACAUAACCCAACCUGACUCGCUUUACGCAUCUUGGCUUCCCUUUGUUGGGGUGGCAUUGGUUUGCCUUCCGUGGUUGUUUUGGAUCCUCACAUGCUUCUAUCGAGUCAUUUCCAGGGCAUGUGGGUUUAGGGCUGCCACCGGUGGAGGACGAGGAGGCGGUGGCGGUGCAUUUGAAGGAGGCUCUGCUCGUGCUGGUGUCGAGGCUGCAGAUGCAGAUGCAGCUGCAGCUGCAGGCACCGUAGAGACUCCGCCGGUCAUGAUGAGGUCUCCUGAAAGUGAAGCAAUAAGGCGCGCUCAAUUUGAAGCCAUCCUGGAAUUGGACGAGCAAGAUGGGGAAGAAGGAAAUGACGAACAGAAAAGUAGGCCAUCGUCAAAUUACCAUGCAAGCAGCGGUUCGUCUGCGGCUUCACAUGAGAGCGAAAUGCCAUUGGCCUCAUCAAUGGCAUCUUGA